AUGUAAUUAUACACCUCAUUGUUUCGUUUCUCCAGAUUAGUCCCAAGAUAGAGAUUAACCUUGAAUCAGGCUGAUCCUACUAUAUAUGGCCUCAUCCAAGAGGAAAUCAAAAGACAAAGAGAAAGUAUCAAUUUGAUUCCAUCCGAAAACCACAGCUCGAAGGCAGUCCUCGAAGCUUUGGGUUCUGUCAUGUCAACCAAAUAUGCAGAAGGUACAAAAAAUGCUCAUCUAUACAAAUAGGUUACCCUGGAGCCAGAUAUUAUGGAGGAACAUAAGUGUAUGAUAAAGUGGAAUUACUUUGCUAAUAAAGAGCCCUUAAUGCAUUCAAUUUGAAUUCCAAUGAAUGGGGUGUUAAUGUUCAAAUGCUCUCAGGGGCUCCUGCCAACUUUGCAAUCUAUACAGGGUUGCUCUCACCUAAAGAUAGAAUUAUGAGUUUGGAUCUUCCACAUGGAGGGCACUUAUCACAUGGAUAUCAAACUGAGACCAAAAAGGUUUCUGCUGUCUCCAGUUACUUUGAAGUCAUGCCCUACAGAUUAAAUGAGGUAAGAAGCAAUCAAGAAUCUAUUUAGGAAACAGAACUUAUCGAUUACGAAUAAAUGGAAGUUUUGGCCAAGGCCUUCAGACCAAAAUUAAUAGUUGCAGGAGCAUCUGCUUAUGCAAGGAUUAUAGAUUUUCAAGCCAUCAGAAAAAUCUGCGAUAGUGUCAAAGCAUACUUAUUAGCUGAUAUUUCACACACAGCAGGCAUGAUGGCAGCUGAAUAAUUGCCAAGUCCAUUCCCCUAUGCAGAUGUUGUUAUGACUACAACUCACAAAUCGUAUCCCUCCCUAUUUUAUCCUUUAGAAUGAGAGGACCAAGAGGAAGUCUUAUUUUCUAUAGAGUUGGUCAAAAGGAAAUAGACAAAAAUGGAAAACCCAUCAAUUAUGAUCUUAAAACUAAAAUUGACCAAGCUGUCUUCCCUGGAUUGUAAGGAGGACCCCAUUUCCAUACUAUUACAAGCAUAGCUGUAGCAUUGGAAGAAGCCAAAACUCCUGAAUUCAAGAACUAUUAGAAGAAUGUCUUAUUGAACAGCAAGAAAUUGGCAGAUGAAUUAUUGAAGAGAAGUAUUGAUUUUUAAUUAAUUCUAAGACUUCUCUUUGGUUUCAGGAGGAACUGACAAUCACUUGGUAUUGGUUAAUUUAAAACCUAAAUCAAUUGAUGGUGCAAGAGUGGAAUCCAUUUUAUAAGCAGUCAACAUUUCUGUAAAUAAGAACACUGUUCCCAAAGAUAAGUCAGCCUUGGUACCAAAUGGAUUGAGAAUGGGGUAAGAGUCAAUAAAUCUAUGAAUAGAUCAGUACCGAUGACAUCCAGAGGAGUUAAUUAAGAUGAAUUUGCACAAAUAGCUGAUUUCAUUGAUAGAGGUGUGGCUAUAGCUUAAAAGGUGAAGGGAGAAGCUGGACCAAAAGUACAAGAUUUCAAAGAUUGGUUGGCUAAGAAUGGUGACUAACAUCCUGAUAUUCAAAAACUUAAGAAAGAUGUUGUGUCAUUCAGUUCUCAAUUCCCUGUUCCUGGAUUGGAUUGAUUAACAAAUAAAAUAAAC